AAAUCGGGCUGGAAAACUGGUGUUCAGAUCCAUUGGUAAUGCCUUGACAGCACUAUGUAAAGCCAAACUGAAUGAUAAAUACAAAUGUAAGCAACAUUUUAAGGCUUGAGGAGGUUAAGAAUUCUGACUCCUUAUUUCUAUUUUCCAGCUUGGCACCACCGGAUUUAUAUUAUUUCACACUACCAAUGAAGUCUUUCAAUACUUCUAAGGCCUUUUCAGUUUUCUUCAGCUCACUCCGAAGCUCACUUUCUUGUUUUCACCACUUUUUUUUCCUCAUGAAAAUUUAGAAAUUUAAGUAUCAUUUAUCCCCCCAAAAAGUUAUUGUAUGAAGGAAAUGUUAAAUGAAGAUUUUAUGAGAUACAACCAAAUAAUUCAAAUAAAGGUUAGUGAAAUAUAAUUUUGUCAAUAAAAAAAAUGAAAAUCAUAUUAAAUUUUUAUGUGUUUGUAUGAUAUCGGUAUCAGUUAGAAAAAACAAACAUUUCCUGGCUGAUUCUUUCUACCACCACCAUUUUAAUAAGCUCUAAAAAUUUAAAUAUUGAUUUUUAAAAGAAAUUCCUACCUGUUUAUGUAAAAUUCUGUGAAAUACCUAUCCAGAUUUCUUCACACAUCUAAAAGAUGAAGAGAAUAAAGUCAGAAAAGAAAGUCUACUCUUUUUUAUCAAGGGUCUUAUUGAGGUGAAUAUUAUGUGAAUUAUUUAAGGAUUUUCCUUUUGCAAAAUGUGCCAAAUUCUUGUGGGUUAUGAAAAUGGUGUGUACAAUUGAAUGUGUCUUUAGUUCAUUAUGUGUGUUAUGCAUGCGACUCUUAAUAAAUGAAGGAGCGGUGAACUGGCUAUUUAAUUUUUUAUUAGGUUUUGCAAAAAUGUUGAUCUUUUAGCCUCUUAUAAGAAGUAUACCGAUAAUUGAGUGAUAGAUUUGCAUGUUAUGUUUAUUAUUUAUGUGCUUGUAAGGACCAAAUCACAGGUUUUUUUUCACAAGUUUUUUUUAAAGUAUUUGCAAUUUAAAUAAUAUUAAAAUGUAUAUUUUACGCACAUGUCAGAUCACAGGUAUAAUAAAAGAAAGUUUGGCUUUUGGAACCAGUGCUAUGGCGGCUGUUGACAGCUGUUUGAAAUCGGUAAAUUAAAUAAUGUAUUAACACCUGUGACAGCUGUUUGUUAAUAAAGCUAAUUGUUAAAUUUAUACAAUAUUUUGUGGUUUUGACAGUUAUAUAUAAUAUGCUUUGCACAAUUUGGUUUAAAAAUUUAGCCAUGCUAAUAUAUACUGGGCUUAAGAGUUCAACAAAUUUUGGCCUGUCAGAAACGUAAACAAAAAUGUGUCCAAACAUAAGAUAAUACUUUGUAAAGUGUGGAAAGCAAUUGAAUUUGAAAUCAAUUAAGUAUAUUUUUUCUGAAAUAGAAUACUAAUCCAUUGUUAGAUCCAUGUUAGUGUCAACUCAUAAGCCCAGGUUAAAAUAGUUUUGUUUUCUGGACUUGUUACUUACUAGUAAUUAGUUGAUAGAAUAUUGUUUUUCUAAGGCUUGUACACCUGAAAGUGAUUGGGUGAGUGAGGAAGACUUUUACUCUUGGUUACUGCAAGAACCUCAGACAUUUGUAUGGUUGCCAACAUUGCAUCGUGUCCAGGCUACAGAAAUUGGUAGGCCAGUUUUCAACAUUUUUCACUGUAAAUCAUAUCCCUAAAAGGUUUUCGCUGGACAAAAGUUAUCUAAAUAAUCUGCCUCUCUUAUACAUAAUAGGUCACAGACUUAUGUUUUCUGAUUUACACAUUGUUCACCAUCAACUUGCAUUUUUUUAAUAUAUAUAUUUUGUUGUUGUUGAAAAGUAUACAAGACUUAAUUUGGUCAAAUCACUCUUUAGUUAGAACCCUUUCAUCUACUGUAAUAGUGAAUAUGUGAACAAUUUAUCAGGUAAGAACUGAGUUGUAGGGUUUUGCCAAUUUUCUUUUAAAAAAUAAUAAUUUCUUUUAAAAGAACAAGAAACAAUAUUUAAUUUAUUUUCAAAUAAAAACAAAAUAACUUUACUUUUUAAAACACCAGUUGUUCACGAUGUCCGCUGCUUUGUCUGCCAGGUCAUGCCAAUAAUUGGAUUUAGGUAAAUGGACACAAAAUUGAUAUCACUUUGCUUUUCAGGCAAUCUAAUAUUGCCUAGCAUUAUCGCAGUUUAAGAAUAAAAUGCAUUCAAUCAACUAUAAUUAAUAUAUCUAUUGUAUUUAAGUCAAAAGAUAAGAAAGAUUACUGUAAAUUUUUGUAGUAGGUUAUUUAGCUUUUACAAAGAAAAAUUAGCCAAAAGCGUCUCAUUUAGCUACUAUUUCAAUAUUUAUCAAAUGUAUUUACAGAUAUAGAUGUUUGCAGUGUUUAAAUUAUAACUUAUGUCAGAACUGUUUUCUGCAUGGUCUUACGUCAGUCCAGCACAAGCUAAAACAUCCUAUGAAGGAAUAUUGCUUUCCAGUUAGUGUUUUUCCAUUUUUUUUCUUCCUUUUUUUUUUUUAAACAGGGGGGGGGGGGGGCUGUUUUUUACAUCUUAUCUUUGCCCUUUUUAUUUUUUUUUAGAUGUUUAGCUCUUAUUAUGUUUUUUUUCCGAUAUUAUAUUUUUUAUUUUUUUUUUUUUUUUUUUUUUUUUUUUUUUUUUUUUUUUUUUUUUUUUUUUUUUUUUUUUAAAAGGGGGGGGGGGGGGCUGAUUUUCACAUCUUAUCUUUGCACUUAUUAUUUUACUUUAGAUGUUAAGCACUUAAUAUGUUUUUUUCCAGAAAAUAUAAUUUUUAAUAUUUUUUAUUUUGGCUAAUUAUUUUUUAUUUUGGCAUAUUAUUUUUGCUUUUGUAUUUUAAACCUUUUGAUUGUAAAAGGGCCUUGUAGUCCAAGUGUCAAUAAAAUCAUGGAUAUUUCAAUUAAUAUCUUGCAUUGCAUCUCCCAUUAGACUUCAACCAAGGAUAACACAAAGGCAUUUCUUGACAUAAUGAAGAACAAAUUAAUAAGGAGACAUAGGCAACAAUUAAAAAAGAAUUAUCUUCCUGUGGAAGAUUCAGGGAAAACCAGAGAGUAUUUAGGAUGGUAUGGUCUUCAUUAAUUUGUUAUAAUUAAAUAUGAAAUUAUGUGUGCCAUUUUAAUGAAUGUGGGGGGAUAUAAACAGUGUUGUUACUUAGAUAACUGUUAGUCAUUACUGCUCUAACAAGGUCCCUGAAGUGAAUGGUUUCCAUUUUUUUAAUUAAAAAUAUAAUCCUUCUUAGAUUUAAUAUAAUUUACACAUAUUUUCUGCCAUUUAACUUAACAAAGCUGACUAUGACUUAGUUUAUACUAAUACAAUCAUUUCAAUUUAUUUAAAACAUCAGUAAUCUGUAUUUAGAAAAGUUCUACAAACUGGACUAGUUAAUAUGAUAAUAAUUAUUGUUUAAGUAUUGCAAUUCUUUGAUCCUUGAAACUCAUUGUUAAUGGAAUAAUAAGUAAAAUUUUAUUAAUUUUAAAAGUUCUUAAAUAUAAACGUUUGUGGCAUUUAUAAAAUAUCACAAGCCAAAUUUGUUUCAGUUUUCAAGGUGUAAUAAUGCCAGUUAUAACAUUAACAGUGGUAAAUUUAUUAUUUACAGGCGGCCAAGAUAUUUCCACACUGAUCCUGAAGCCUGUACCUCUGCAUCAACUGAUUCAGGACUGGCUGUUUGCUCUGACAAUGGAGAAAUGCAAGAUAUCAAGACAUGUGCUUUCUUUGUAGAAGAUGAAAUCAAAGCAAGACCAGGAACAAGUUCAGAUUUCUUAGGUCUACCAUGUAGCACAAGCAGCCCUUUAUUUGGAAGUCAUGAUGAGGUUCAUACCAAGCAUAUUUCUGCAAUUUAUUGUUAAAUAAGAAAAAAAUAGAUUUCUUUAUAUACAUGAUAAGACGAGUUUUUAAAAACAAAAAAAACUUUUCUUUUAAAAAGUAAUAUAUUUUUUAUUUAACGAAACUUAUUGUUUCCUUUCUACUUAAAUUUGAUCUUAAAAUAUUUGAGAUUGUAGUGCAUUUAAACUGUCAAUCAGGUUUUUAUAAAUUAUUAACUUACUAAUACUAUACUUUUAAACACUUUACAGGCGGUUGAACUAUUGUCAAAACAUGACAUAGAAAUGCAGCAAAAAGGAAUGGCUAAUAAAAUUAAACAAUUGCAGCAAGAAAACAGGUAAUAAAUUUUGGAAAUAUUCUUCAAACUUUUACUAUCGAACAAAAGGGAUUUGCUUGUAAAUGAGAAUUGAAAUGUGACUUUUUAUACCGAUUUCACGAAAGAAACACUUAUCAUUUAUAAUCUUUUAUGUUACACAAUUUAAUCUUUAAAAUAUUCAUUGUUUUAUUUUAAAAAUAACAUUAAAAGAGUGAUUCAUAUCUGUGAACUCUAAUUUCAUAUUACAUUUCUGUUAUUUUUGUUGCUAGAAUUUUGUAAGUUAAUAACUGACACAUAAUUGUUUUACAGAAUUCUUCAAAUGAAGUUGCAGGCCAUCCAAAAAAAGUAUGACUUAGAUAAAUCCAGUCUCACAGAUGUGGAAGUUUAUAUGGAUUAUUCUCUAAAGGUAUUUUUGUCUAAUGUAUACUUUAAACAUUGAUGUCACAGAAUUACUGUCUCUAGUUAUUGAAACAAAACUAUUAAGUCUUCAAAAACCCCAGCAAGUAAAGCUGAAGAAAGAUCUUAUUAAAAUGGAAGAUUAACAUUUUUUAUAAUAGUUAUUAUUUAAAAGAUUGUUUACUUUUGCACAGAUCCCAAACAAUUCUUCACUGAGUCCUG